AUGCCGGAUCAAAUCGAUCGAGAUUGGACAGAGGAGGAGAAGUAUGGUCUGCUCACUGUAAUCCUCCGGAAUGCUGGUGUUCCUCCAAGUUCUCUCUUUGAGGUAUUCCGACAAUACAAUGUGAAACCGCCAUGGGAUGACAUGGCACUGCCGCCAGGUCGUACUCUGAACGAAUGUAAACAGCAGUUUACAGCUAUGUGGCAAACCAGUCAAUCUCAGCUACAUGCACGUCCAACAGAGUCUUGGCAAGUACCGCCUCCGCCUGCUGUAUUCCCAGCUUUCAAUCACCCGACGCCUGUGAAUCCAGCUCUUAGUAAUGAUCCUUAUACAUCACGAAAGCGACCACUCUAUUCGACAGAAAGACCUGCUAUUCCACGUGCUAUUCAACCAAGACCACCACAUAGCAUUGGACAAUUCAACAGUGAGGCCGGUUCUCCAGGCCCAGGAUCUCCUGGUUGGGCUGACUAUACCCCAGGAAAGGGUAGUGAGCCCCCAAGGAAGCGAGGAAGACCGAAUAAGGCAGAGGCAGAGCGGCGCAAGGCGGAGGCAGAAGCACGAGGUGAAUCAUAUCCUCCUCCACGGCGCCGAUCGUCCAAGACCAAGAAUCCAGCUACACCCUCUGGGGGUGCCAGUGCCACUAGCGACAGCUCGAUGGUUUCUCCGAUGCAUGUGGCCCAUACACCAGAACUACAGAAGCAAGAGAGAAUUCUAGACACUCUGGUAUCAAAGGACUUACCGGAGCAGAAUACUCAGCUAGGAAUAGAAGCCUCGGACGCUCCAGAUACAGAUCCUGUCAAAGGUAUAAUUCGCUCUCAGACUAGCCAAGACCGAAGACUUCCGCUUCCUCAUGAGUUUCCCGCAAGAAGAGAGAGCUUCAGUACACGGAAAUCACCCCAUGAAUCUCUCAUACCUCAAACUCGGACCCUUGAUCACCCAUUUGAUGCCUCGCCCAAGCCCCAGACAGAUGAAAAGAUAACACAUCCACCGACAGACCAUAUCAUUCAACAAGCAAAGAGCGGGCCACAGGUGCAUCCGAGCGGAGGUUAUAUUACGGCAAUAACACAUCCUGGAGAGACAAAAACAUAA